CCAGCUACAUCAGACUUUCAUGAACUUCGCCGCUGACAGCACAUUCGAUCACUCUGGCGGGUCCCGCAUUGAUAAUCCAUUUGGGAAGCCGGAGAAACCUGCUGAGGGAGAGCAUAGCAGUUCAAUAGGGUACCCUCAGGACUACGCCGAAGAGAAACGAUACUGCCUGAACGUUCGGGGCAUGAUCGUCAGACUUACCCUAUGAUUACAGAAAAUUUCAAGACUCAGUUCAAUUUGCCA